AUGCAAGGUGGAAUCAAGAGGAAAAAUGAUAUCUUACCAAGAUAUAAAUCUGGUAAAUACAAUCCAAAAAAGAAAAACUUUAAUGGAAGUCGUUUCGCAUUAACUACUCCAAUGAAAAAAUUGCUAGGUUACUCUGUAUUAUUAGUCUUAGUCUACUUAAUAUUGAAUUUCGUCACUUCUGAUUUCAAUAAGAAAUCAUCUUUCGAGUUAGAUCAUAUUAAUGACCUGUCUUCUUCUCUACUAAAUGGUGAUGCCGCAGCUGCUGCUCCUCCAAUAACAAAUAGUCAUGCAUCAAGUAAUAAUAAUAAUAAUAACAAUAAUAUGGUAGAUUCUAACAACAUUUUAGAUAAGAAUACUGUUAACCAUCCUGAAAAAGUUUCAAAAGAUAAAUUUAAUAACGAAGUCGCUAAACAACAAGAAGUUAAAAACUUGGAGAAAAAUAAUGAGUUCAAUAAGAAGGAUUCAUCAGCAUCAAAUAAAAACUCUCAACAACAACAACAACAACAACAACAACAACAACAACAACAACAACAACAACAACAACAAAAGGAAAGUAAGAAUAUCCCAAAAGACGUUGAUAUCGAUUCUAAUAAUGGUGAUGACGUAAACGAAAACGUGAAUUCAAGUGGAACCCAGUUGAAAAAAGAAGAUUUUGAACUAGAAGGUUUAAAACAGAAUGAAAAAAUUGAAAGAUUAAAGAAAUUAGAAAAGGAAUUAGACCUUUUCGAGAAAAGACUUGCUAAGCAAAUUGACCAAAGAGUGAAUAAGAAGGAUAACAACAAGCAAGAACAAAAACAAGAACAACAACCACAAGAGGAAAAAGAAAUUCCUAAAGAAGAAAAGACUCCAAAGAAUGAAUCAUUAGAAAAGUUACAAAAUGAACAAUUGAAGAAAGAGGAAUUAAACUCUGAGACUAAUAAACAUGAUUCUCCGGAACAAUUGGAAGAAAAUAAAAAGUUACAACAAGAAUUACUAGAAAAGGAAAAAGAUUCAGAGCCUGACGCCAAUAACUUAGCAGCAGCCGAUGCCGCUGACGCCGCUAAAGUCUAA